CUAAAAAUCAAUACACAUUUUCCAACGACCAGAAUAGCCUUGCUUUUUUACUGCUCCAACAUGAAAAUCCCCAUUCCCAAUUCUACGCACAAGCGCAAAACCCGUACAUUUGGGAGUCGUUUGGAAGUUGUGAUUCCUUAAAUUGAUUUAUUGAGUUAAUUAGUGUAUUAUCAUUUGAUGUAUUGAAUCAGUUGAUGUAUUAAGCAAAUACCUUGUUUGAAGGUUUAGACUGUGUUUUUAUUGUAAAGUAAAAAAAGUUAAUUUUGAGUGAUUGUAAAGGAUCUCUAUUUUUUGUUGAGAUUGAUAAUCCCUCAAUAUUGAGUGAUUUUGUUGGGUCUAGUAUUAACCCGCCUAAUACGGGUCCAAGUCCACCACAAAGCGUCUCACCUUUUGCCCAAGCCCACUCUAGGGUCCAGUCCACCCGGGGGCGUACAUCAUCGUGAGGCGUCUAGUCUAACGAGGCUGUCCAUUCACCGGGAGGCGUCCAUCAAUGGGAGGCAUCCACCCAUUGGAUGCCUCCGACUCCUAUAUAAGGAGGCCAAGCCUUCCAAGCAAAGAGACUUCUCUCUCUUCCCACAUUUUACCACUUAUGGUUCUCUCUCUAAACCCUAUCUCUCUCUACAUUCCUCUAUACGCUAUCAUAUAUCCUAUUCUAGCUUAAGCGUCGGAGUGUAGAUCACGGGGGUCGCCCCCCGACUCUCCACAGGAUUCUUCCACUCCCGAGGAAAUCACAGGAGGGAGUGCAGAUCAAGAUUCUACACUAAUCACCCGACUCUAAUCCGGGUCAAACAUUUUAGCGCCCACCGUGGGGCCUGAUUCGGUAUUCUUCUCGUUUGAUUUCUGAAGAGGGGAAGAGAUCGCCUCUUCCGCGACCCACUUAGAGCAACAACAAUGGUUGCAAAGUCCAAGCUCUGAAAACCUCACAAAAUCACAGAUCUAGGAAUAUCUUCCUGAUAGAAAAGAGAAAAGAUUCUCAUCUCAGAUCUAGAUGGAGAAAAGAAGAAAUCGAUUUUCUACAGUCACCACCAAUACUCAUCUUUCGUAGAUCCGGCGACGGAACCGUUAUCGCAAGCAUCUACUCUUUCCUCCAACUCCAAGCGGUUCUCCGCGCCACUGAGUUGAGCAGCAUCAAAAGAAAAAAUAUAUAUUUAUAUCAAGAUUUCGACCGCCGGCGAAAAUUUUGACGACCAGAGCUCCGAAGAAAAGAAAGGAAGAAGAGCCUACCGUAGUCUAGGGGUGGGCGUUCGGUCGGUUCGAACCGAAUCGAACCAUCACAGGCCGAAUUUUCGAGAAGCUCAACACGCCAACCGAAUUCGAAUCGAGUUGUAAUUCGGUUCGGUUCGGUCCAGUUCGGAUGGUGAAAACCGAAAUUCCCUUCUGCUCGAGGAGGAUGGUCAGAAGAGCGUCGGAAGGGAGGGCGACGAGGGCGGAGCAGUUGUCGGCGGCGGCGAAAUACGCGGUGCUGUCGAGGAGGAGUCGCCGCCUGCCGAGGAGGAGGAGUCGGCGAGUCGCCGCCUGUCGAGUGUCGAGGAGGACUGGAGGAGGAGGAGUCGCGAGUCGGCGCCUGUCGAGUUCCGACUUCCGAGCAGAGCUGCUGCUUCGAGUUCGCGAUUCCGAGGGGAGGGCGAGGUCUGCGACUGCGAGGAGGAGAGUGGAGACGAGGAGUCAAUCACUCAAUCUCCUGACCUAGGGUUAGAGGGCAGGCCGGCACUCGGCAGGCUGAGGACGUGAGGCCAGAGGCUCAAUUCAAUUGUGCUGGGGAGGUGCUGGGCCAGUGGGCCUGGGUAGUGGGCUAGUGGCUAGUGGGUUGGGCUGGUUAUUAUUUCGGAAUUCGGUCGGUUAUUUCGGUAUUUCGGUUCGGUUCAAACACGUCUGGUUUCCGAAAUAUACUACAUUCAUUUCCGAAUUUCGAACCUAAUUUUAUAUAUCUCGGUUUCGGUCGGUUUUUGUUCGGUUCGGUUCGGUUCGGUAAAACCGAACCUAAUGCCCACCCCUACCGUAGUCAACGUCAUCUUCUUUUCUCCAAUCUCCCACAAAGAGCAGUGUUCUCUGCUACCAUAGUGGCCUCGAGAAUCGAGAAAGCAAAAAAGGACUGAUGGAGUUUCUCUCUCUCUCAGACUAAAAAGACUGACCAGAAAUGUCCAAGAAGCCAAACGACAAAAGUGGAAGGCUCACUGACGUGCUAACCUAAUUCUCCCUUCUAAAGCAGGCUUUCAGCACCUUAGCCCGCUAACAGGCCCAAUGCGGCUCCUAGCCCGCUCACCAUCAGCAUAGAAGACUUGGGCCGCCUCCAAUCAAAACCUGCGAGGUCCGUUUUCCACUUCUAGCUCGACUCCUGCCUACAGUCAGACACGCGCGCGAAGCAGUUCUGAAGUCCACUACCACUCCUUGCAACAUCCAGCUUUCACAAUCAAGACGCAUCCCAGUAUGCUAUAAGGCCGCCUUGAUUUUCAUAAUGCAAUGGCAAAUAUUAAACUUUUCUUGAAGCUUCUCCAACGACAUGUAAAUCACGUUCUGCCUUCGACCUCCCCGCAUCCAACGCGGCCCACUUCCAUAGCGAGUUGUUUCCUUUAACGCAAGCCACCACCUCCAUCGACUCACUCAACGCGUCUAGCCCGCCACACAGCAACACAAGCCAACAAGGAUCCGGCCCUCUAAGCCUCUCAUCCGUCCUCAUAAACAGGGCCCACCCCGCGUCGCAUGGGCUACCACCAUUCCGAGCCCGCCAACAAUGAACCACCUCCGACGGCCCAACAACAUCCAGCACGUCUCAGCGCAGUGAAGACUGCGUGUUCAAUUUGAGUUUAGAGGUUUGCCCUACAUUAACCUAGAUAGGAGGCACGGAAUGCCCAAGAAAACCCAUCUCAAAUUGAGCCUCUAGAUAAGAGGGUUUCCCUCUAAGCUAGGUUAGAGUAGCAGAAUAGAUUGCCAAGGACACA